AUGGAGCAAGGCAUACCGGCGGUCGAUCCCAUCAGGAAUCGCCUGACGAUGCAGAAUGAGGUAUUCUGCUUCCGCAUCUGGAGACUCUUAUCCCACUCAUGAGGUUUCCGAGAUCGAGUCUUGCGCAUCCAAAUCGGUCCCCGCUAAUUUUUAUAUUUUUUUUGGGAAAUUAUGAAGAUCUUGAAGAGGGUGGAGGGGCUAGCGCAGAGGAUGCAGAGACGGGCGGAGGAGGUGACAAGGGAGGUCCGUGAUCUGGAAGACCGGGCCGGGGCCGCUGAACGGGAUCUGAGCGGCGCAAUCGGAGCUUUCCGCCGGCUUUCCGAUACUCAUUUCGUAGAAAAUGCAAGUAAUCCACCCUCCAUCCGUAACCCGAACACUGUUUCUAUUUAUCAUUUGAUUAGGCUCACCUAUUGCUAUCCAAUUCCGAGCGAAUUGGCAAUGAGUGGAGCAGUCUCGUCUUCUUAAUCGCGAUUUUAGCUUUUUCAGUGACCAAUUCGUGACAUUUUUCACUCUCUUUUAUGAUUGUAUGAAGACGAGAGAGGUUCUAUGAAAGGAUGUUUUGAACAGAACUUUCUCUAAACCCAGAGAGCCGAUGGUGAAGUUUCUUGGACUUUUCAUAUCCAAAGAUAUACAUCUUGAGUUGCUGGAUUAGGGAGCGACCGGGAAACGAAGUUUUAAUUUUCUUCUGCCCUCUUUUGCCGGUUAUAGAGUUCAUAUGUAAGGAUGUACGAAAGACUACUAAUCAUGAUGAUGUGGUAUUGAGAUUUAAUAACAAGCUGCAAAGGAGAUGAUUCAGUUACCCCGUUAUUAACCUUGAGACGGUGGCACAAGGGGAGGAUAACUGUCUCCAAAUUUCGCUCAGUAGAACUAGAGGCAUGGUAAUUUCCAACAAAAACAUGGUUUGUUAUUAAUUGAUGUGAGAGAGCUACCGGGAUGGCCCCAAAAUUAUUGUGCCUAGUACGUGAUGUGCAUCUCUGCCACAUCAAGCUUCAAAUUGGCUUAUUUAAUUUUUUAAAAUUUUCUGUUCGAAUCAGAAACAGUUAAUUCAAUUUUUAUUCAUGGGUUGUUUUGAGGAUCUUAUCGUUGAAUGUGUGUAAUCAACUUCACAAUGUUUGGGGAAAAAAGCUUUAUUUUGCGUACAUUUUGGAAAUGAUUAUAAUAUCUUGCUGAUUAUGUCAAUUUUUUAAUUAAUGCGAAGCUAAAUUUUCCAACUUUGUGGAUGUGCGGAUUCCAUUUAUGUAUACCCAAAUGGAAAAGUGAUGUGGGGUUGGCUAUUGUUCAUAAUACACCAAUAAAAGUUGGAUUUGGAGCCACAAAAGUUGUAGAUUUAUCUGUGAAACUUAAAUCGUAGAGAUUUACGUAAUUAAAGUGACCAUGUCAAGUCUGCUGCCAAUUUCAAGAGUACGGGAAUGGUUACCCAUAGAUAGCUUUAAUGAGAUGUUGCUUGGGGUCAUGAAAUUACCUAUCACAUGCAGCAUGGAGUGGGUUCACAAGUAUGAUAAAUUUUAGAAGAGUAUGAUAAAAUUGACUGAGAAUCAUCCUGCCUUGUGUACCCCCUAGCUAGAGGUUGGGAAGCUCAAUCCUCAUAAGAUGACUUGUUGAUACAUCGCCCAUCUAUGGACUGUUGGUUAUGCAGCAAUCGUGCUGUGUCCAGUAUGGGCUACAACAUCAGUCACAGCUCAAGCAGGCUACUGGGUAGCAGUUUCAGCAACAUUUGCAGGGAGGAUCCUCUUCCAGUUUGAGAAGAUUUAGUACACAGCAGUUUAAGUAGGUUGAUAUGAGUCAAAAUUUGGUUGUCUUCAGCCUUCUUCUCUUGUCUGUCUUUUUUUAUCAUUACUAAAUUCACUACUGAAUGUGUCUGUUUUACUUCUUGCUGAUUGUUUCUCAGUGAUUGUGUUUCUGUUUUCUCAUUGCAGUUUCAGUCAAAGAAUUUAUCUUCGUUGGGACCUUUAUUCGUUUGGUAAUUAGAUAUUCCGUUUACUUUCUUGAUUCAGGUUUCUCAUUUAUAUGAACACAGAUAAAACCAGAAGAAAAAGAGAAUUCAUGUCCAAGGGAUUUUUCUAAAACUUCAGUUGGCGGGAGCAUUCCUGCUCAGAGCUAUGAAAUGGACAUAUUACCACGGUACAAGGAGGCACUGUCGCUUGGAUUGUGUUCCUUCAAUGAUCAUAGGAGAAAAGAUAAAAGAUUUACUGCAAGGUCUACUUUCAAUGUAAUUGUUUUUCCUUGCUUCUAGUAAUCUUCUUAUCCAAUUGCAAUCUAUAGUUGUAGCUUCUUCAAUAACUAUUAUGAUUUUCAGGGAAAUUUUCUUUGAACAGCCCCAGGGAAAUUUCUGGAAGCUGCCUUGGUUUUCUGUUGUAGUGUUCUAUCUUGCAGAAGAAAUAAGCAUCGAAAUUCUCUACCGCUUAUAGAAGGGAAAUAGAAUUUAAAAUCUUUCUCAACUUUCUGUUGUAGUAUUCUCUCUUGCAGAAGAAAUAAGCGUUGGAAUUGUCUACUGCUCAUAGAAGGAAAAUGGACUUCAAAUCUUUCUCAUUUUUCGGUCCUUUACUAAAUUUAUUAUAGCAUUGAUCUCAGCAAUGUACUUGAAAACAGUUGGGAUAUAAGCUUGCUACCUCAAUCGCCCUGUUCUCUCUUUAUUAAGCUAAAAAAUUCAAUCUUAAAAACAGGAAUUUUGCUUCUUCUUAUUAUAUAUGUAUAUGAUUUUUAGGCUUCUUUGUCAUUGUUUUCGUCUGGAUCAUGGAUCCUUAUCCAAGGCAACUCCACCUGAACGGAGAACAGAAUAACUUAAUUGCGGCUCAUUAAGAUAAAGCCUUACAUUGGGCAGUGCCAUCAGCAUGCUUAUUUUAUAGAAAAGAAGAAACAUUGCGGUAUAUCUUGCCAUCUCUUGCAUUAAUGGCUGCUUAAAGAAUCAAUUUUAUGUUGUUCAAUGUUGCAUUUAGAGUCAUUUCCGGACCGUAGCACUGUGUUACUCAAAAAAAUAAUUUUGUAGUAUCCAUUUCUUUAAGUUUAUUUGAUAGAUGUAAACAUACAGUACAUUAACAAAAGAGGAUUUGUAUAAUAUUCCUUAAAGCCGCCCCCCACUAUGUCAGUACUGCUCGACAUUGACAUUGGCAUCGUCACCUUCUAAUGUAUCUGAUCUAAUUUUUUAUUUAAUUUUAAUUCUUCAAGCAAUUGUUUUCCCGGUGCUUUCGUGUUUGCAGCCCUGGUCAAUUCGUGGUCCUCUCCCGCAUAUCAUUGGCUCUGAAGAAUUCCUUCAUGACAACAGCUGUGGUUUAAUAGGUACUGCUCAGACUCGUGAGUGAUGUUAGAAAAUUUGUAACUUUUCAUUAUAAUUUCUUCUUUUGAUAGAUUUUUAAUAAUCGUUCUUUAAUCUACGAGGUGUUUCUCUUUAGUGCAGAAGAUCUGGCUUUUGGGCCGUCACUUGA